AUGAAGAAAUUUACUGCUGAUAUUUACUACAUGGCUCCUGAGAUUGCCAACGAAAUUGAAAUCACCGAGAAAGCGGAUAUCUGGCAAUUGGGAAUGUUAGCAGCUACGCUGAUUGCUGGUAAUAUCCGCCCGACUAAUGACAAGUCAAAAUUAUUGGAGAUGGCUAAGAGUGGGAGCGUUAACAUUAGAACUUUAGCUCUCCAGCCCUUGUACUUUUGGAGGUUUAUUACUGCAUGCUUGGAGAAAGAUCCUAAAAUCAGACCAUCUAUUGCCGAAAUUAAAAAAUUCACAUUCAUAAAAGUCUCUGGUGUACGGUGUACUUCUUCAAAACCAAUCAAUGUAGUAGGACUUAGUUCAUAUGACCUUUAUCCUUACUCAAGAGGUACUCUGGCUGCAGCUACUAACAAAGGUUUUCCCAAUAUAAAGUAUCUAAAAGAAUCACCAGAUGGAGUAAGAUUAGAACGACUGUUACCGUACACCAGACCAAAUCUUUUGGAUUUGGAGAGAUCUCAAUUUUCGAUGAAAAAACUUAAAAUACUUCCUGAAUUUGCUGAAUAUCCAGUAAAUCUCGAUCUGAAACCAGAGGAAAGCAACGAAGAAACGGGCCCAAGAAGAUCUAAAAGGCCUCGAAAUUCAUAG